CGGAGCACGCGGAUAGAAGGACUGUGCAUUUAAUUACACCGAGGCUGAUAAUAAGUGCAAGUUCUCUUACGAUUGAAGUUUUGGCGGUGUUAGGUUUUUGCCUUCGAGCCAAUUUAACGACUUGAAAUAUAGCUCGCAAGCUAGCUGGCUACAUCCGAAAUAACUGUAGUAGCUAGUCCGCUAGCCAGUUGUCAUUUUGCAGUUUGAAGAGUUCCCGUUGAACAUUUAGUGAGAGGAGGUGGAGUGAGUGAGUGAAUCGGUGAUCAGAGGGGCCUGUUUGCCCGAAGAGCCGAUCCAAGGGACGGGUUUUGGAAACAACAGGGAAAAGGCGCAAAGGCAGAGUUUCGAAGAGGGACUUACUUGUCUGGUGUCAGGUCGAGUUUCGUGUUUUGCUGUGUCUUGAGAAACAUGGUAGAGUGGGGCACGCGCUUGCUCGUAGAGUGGAAGAGCGUGCAGACCUGAAACUGAAAAACACGUACUGUAUUAUGCUGGAUUUUUGUGGUUUUUCCUCGCGGAUGCAGGAGAUCAGAACAAACAAGCUAUCACAUAGAAUUCGUACUCCGAAUGUUCAUUUUUAAAAUGACGAUACAAUAUUUCAUUUUAUAGCUAAUUUCAUAACUGUUAUUGCUGUUCUCUAAUUAGCUAGCUUUCUGGAUAGCUGCUUUGUGUUCUGUGGUCUCAUGAACUCUAGAUAACAGAUGCAUGAAAUGAUAGCUAGCAGAUGUUAACUUAAAUACCUUUGUGUAACUGGUGAAAACUUUACGUUUACUCUACAUGCCAGUUUGACAUGCAAUUUAUUCGACACUGCACGACAGGGGAUAUGAUGAAGAGGGUCGAUUUGCCAGCGAGGGAAAGCUAGACAGUGACGUCUGAGUUUCUGCAGCAUAUACAGACGGAUAAUUACUCAUUAUUUGAAGUAUUAGCUGCCUCAGAGUUACAGAACAUUAACUUGAAAACAUGCUGAAGUGUCAUGUUUCAUUUUAAAUUAAAGUGCUGUUUCUUCUGCGUGCUGCUUGUUAGAUAGGACCUUGUUCCUACGGGGUGAUGCCAGUUAUUUGCCGACGUUGAUGCUUUAUAACGUUGACAUUAUUGUUGUUAAAAUCCAUAUCCAUAAAUUUUGGCAACAUCUACCAAGAAACGGCAUGUUUCGUUCCGUUAAUUCGUUCCGUUUUCAAAUGAUAUAACUGUUUGGUAAUCUGUACUCACUCUCAUACUGACCAGUUUGAAAAAUAUUUUUUAUAAGAGCGAAUCAGAACUUCAUGUAGUGGCUGAAGUCUCGCUAAAAACACGCAAACUACGUUUAGGCUACAUUUUGUAUUUUCUUAUCCAGAAACCAAGGUCAUACGCCAACAAAACAAGUGUUUUAAUCUGAGUUUGAACCUCUUAUAGUAUUGUCACUAAAAUACUUUGCUAAAGUUAAGAUUUUUAAUAUUCUUUUUUCUUUAAGUGUCGCAUGCAUGCCAGUGUCAAUCCAGAUGUUUUCUUGAGCAUUCCUCUUCGAUUUUCCUUUGUUCUUUUUGUGUAUAACAAAGCAAACCCACUUCAGCCUCCUCUUGUGCGGUGGCCGUUUGAAUAGAGAGGCUUUACUAUUAAGGCGAUUAUUUUGUCAAUUUAAUCUCCCGUCGAAGGAUUAAGUGACGCUUUAUUUGUGUAUGGCGACUUUGUCCUAUUAGGCAGUUCCGCGUUACUAUGGUGCUUAUGGGAUAACGCGUUUUGUCGGCAUACCGCAAUUCAUUGACAUGAAUUUCAGAUAUAUCAGAUAUUUCAAUAAAUGUGAUUUCUUCAGAUAUGCAGACCAAAUCAUUUAUCCAGGCCAAUUAACGUGCACGUGUUGAAGCGUGCCUAACUAAAACUUUGGGUUUUGCAUAAACAAUAGUACCCUCGUAGGCCUGUACUUUGAAGUCCUGCUAUUUAUAGCUGUGAUAUCGGUCUAGGUUUUGAAACAUUUUUUUUCCUUUUUUUUUUUACAUUUUUAUCAUCAGUUUAGCCUUAAAUAUUUAGUUAUCCGCACUUGUGUACAAGAUAGUCGAAUCUUGCAUUGUGAAGUAACAAACUCGCUGCCUUACAACCAAAACAAGCCAUGGAGGAAGAAGUACCCCACAUUGACCCAGACUUCGAGCCUCAGAGCCGACCGAGGUCAUGCACGUGGCCGCUGCCGAGGCCCGACAUCUCCGCUGUCAAACAGGAGGGGGAGGACGGCGUGAAGUCGGCGGCCGGGACUCCGCCUGCAGAAGAGGACAAGCAAGAACUUUCACAACACAUCGCCGAACCCGAGAGAGCCAGCGUUUCGGAGGGAGCCGGAGCCGGAGCGGGCGGAGCCACGCAGCGAAAGGGGUCCGCCAGGCGCAACGCUUGGGGAAAUCAAUCCUACGCCGAUUUGAUCUGCCAGGCUAUCGAGAACUCGCCCGAAAAGCGCCUUACCUUGGCACAGAUAUAUGACUGGAUGGUCAAAACUGUGCCGUACUUCAAGGACAAAGGAGAUAGCAACAGUUCAGCAGGAUGGAAGAACUCAAUCCGCCACAACCUUUCCCUGCAUAACAAGUUCCUGCGAGUGCAUAAUGAGUCCACCGGCAAGAGCUCCUGGUGGAUGCUGAACCCUGAGGGGGGAAAAGGCGGCAAGGCGCCCCGCCGGAGAGCAGCCUCCAUGGACAACAGCAGCAAGCUGCUGAAGAGCCGCAUGCGUGCCAAGCAGACCAAGAAGCAGGCGGGAACACCGGGGCAAAGCGGGUCGGGUGGCACUGUGCCGGGGGAGGUCGGGGCGGCGGGCCCCUCGGACACUGACGCCAGCCCGGGCUCCUCGCAGCAGUUCCCCAAAUGGGGGGUGAGCAGCAGCAGCCCAUCGUCCCGUGGCAGCCUGGAGGAGCCGGACGCAUGGACCAGCUUCCGGCCGCGCACCAGCUCCAACGCCAGCACCCUGAGCGGCCGGCUGUCGCCCAUCGUGCCGGGGCAGGAGGACGAGGAUGGGCUGCCAGAGGACGGGCUGCUGGGAGGCUACGCGGCAGGUGGCGUGCCCUCCACCCUCACCGAGACGCUCCUGGAGGAGCUGGACCUGAUCGAUGGGCUGACGCUGAUGACGGGCGGGGUGAGUCCCAGCACUGCGCCCCCAGCUCCCCCCACCCCCUUGCCCUCCGCGGCCACCCUGCUGCCCCGCGGCUCUAGCUUCCCCUCUUUCCCCGCGCUGCAGCCCGCAAAGCAGCCGCAGCCCUCCUCUCAAAGUGGGACACAGUCCUCCAUCUCACAGUGCGCCAGCUCCAGCUCCAGCUUCGGCAACUCACUCUUUAACCCCAUGCCAGUCCGGGGCUCCCAGGGGGCCCACUUCAGGCCCCAUGUGCCCUCUAACCUGGAGGUGCUGCUUACCUCGGACUCACCCCCACCCUGCGACGUUAUGAUGACCCAGGUAGACCCGCUGAUGCCCAGCCAAGGUGGGACGGGGCUCCUAGGCCUUGGGGUACCCAUGGCAGGGGGGCAGGGAAAGGCUAGUCAGUUUCUGCUGGGGAAGAACCUUGAUGCAAACUCAAUGACGACCAUGACUGGCCAACAGCAGCAGUCUCAGUCCCAACUGGGUAUGCUGCUACCAGGUUUGGCCCAAAAUCUGCCCCAGAUGACAACACUAAAGACCCAGCUUGCUCAGGGUACGGGCGCCCACAGUGGGGGUCUGCUUUUUGGAGGAGGGGCCUCUUCCGUGAGUGGGAGUGUGGGUCCACAUGGGAUGGAUCCAUUUGGGGGUCCAGGUUGCUUCAUGCCCAGUCAGGACAGGCUGCCUACCGAUCUGGACAUUGAGAUGUUCACAGAGAACCUGGAUUGUGACGUGGACUACAUCAUCAACAGUGACCUCAUGGAUGGAGAGGGCAUUGACUUCAACUUUGACCCCAUACUGCCUGCUGGGCAGGGCUACCCUGGCCCUCCUACCACGCAGAGCUUCUCCCAUAACAGGGUGCCCAGCUAAACACCCACUGCCUCCACAACUGAACCCAGGAGAAAUCCUUCUACCCCAGAUUUACAGUUCACCCCAACAGUGGCAGAAUUGUAAAGACACAACACUUGGAUUUGACCAAAUCUUACACCAUUUUGUAAUUGUAUUUCCAAUGCAGAUUAUUUUACUUUUUUAUAUGGAAGACAAAGACCAGACCUCAGCCAUGCGAUGUGCCAACCGGUAAGAGAGAGGGCCUGGACUAUAUGGAAGUCUCCUCUAACAGUGGAGACCCCCUCAGAAAUAAUGUCUGAGAAUUUGUAUGGACUUUUAAAUAAUUAGAAUGAUUUUUUUUCUCAAUGUUAGGACAGUAUUAAGGAUAGGAAGAUAUUAAAGAUAUGGAAGAAGAGGGGUGUAAAAUGAGGAUGAUAUACAAACAUGUAUAAGAAUCCUCAUUGGAGUGGCAUGGUAAUGGACGACUCCCCUGCUCACUUCUGUUCUCUUAUGCAGUCUUUGUGUGGAAGGUUGGAUGGUACAUGCAGGGGAGUAGAUUCACCCCAGCACCCCUGCCUCUCUUAAAAUUUAAAGGUUAGAUCAUACAGCAUUUUCAGCACAGUGCAACAAAGUGAGACAAACUUGCUUCUUAUACCUCGGUGUCCAGAAGUAGGCAGGGCAGUGAAUUUGUGGGAUUUAUCAGAGACGUAAUAGGGUGUCUCAAAUAAUUAUGUGGAAUGGUGGUGUAGGGAGUGAAGUCUUUAAAGUUCACAUGUCCCCAAAACUCCCCCAAAGUGUGUUUC